UAAUGACAAUGAUGAUUAGAUAAUGAGCAAAGCAAGGGGGUAAAGAGAAAAUCCGUAAAAGAACAAUUGAAUUUAUUAACUAUCUAUACUAAUGGACAACAAUUCUUGAUUGAAUUUAAUUAACGGAUAACGAUAUUUGGUAGAUAAUCGAUUUUUUUUUCUUCUUCUCCAAGAAGCAAACAAACAUGAUUGAUAACAGAAUGGUCCUUUCCAUUUUUUUUUCCAUAUUAAAACAACAUAAAUUGUCGUCCUCAUCUCCAAUUCUCCACAGCUCGUAAACCCCCAAAACCCUGACUAAAACCUUCGUCAUCCGCCGCUGCACCGUCGCCAUGGCUCUCUUCGCCGCCGCUCGCCGCGCCGCCACAUCCACCCUCCCCCUGCUCCGCCCGCUGGCCGCCGCGGCGGCGCGGCCGCAGCCCCGCUCGAUGCCGUUCUCGUCGUCGGCCCCCUUGACGAAGCCCGCCUUCGACAGUGAGCUCGUCAGGAUCAUCGACAACGCGAUCAACGACGCCGAGGAGGAGAGCGACGGCGACCAAGACCGGGCCAAGGAGAUCCCUAAUAACUCCCCCUUUAAAAUCUUUAAAUUCUUUAAAAUCAAUUAUGGAGAGGGCUCGAAUGCAAUUACUCUCACAAGAACUUACCAUGGUGAGAAGAUUGAGCUUCAGGUUUCCAUGGACAGCCUUGAGAGUGACGAUGAACCUGAGCCUGCCACUGCCAAGGUCAAAUGUGAGAAAAGAUGGACCAGCGAUGAAUCUGAGUACGAAGAGAUUCAGGUUCCCUCCAAAUCCAGCAUUCCUCUCACCGUCACCAUCUCAAAGGGAGAUGGACAGAUCCUUGAAUUCUCCUGCACUGCCCAUCCUGAAGAGAUCGUCAUCGACACCUUGUCCUUGAUGCAGCCACCAGAGGAUGACAACAAUGAAAUGAUCGCAGAUGAGGGUCCUGAUUUCGAUGACCUCGAUGAAAGUCUGCAAAAGGCGUUGAACAAGUACCUGGAGCUGCGUGGGAUCACACCCAUGGCCGCAAAAUUCUUGCAAGAGUACAUGAUCUACAAGGAAAACGAAGAAUACCUCCUAUGGUUGAGAAAGCUGAAGGAUUUUGUUAGCCUGUAACAAUUAGCACAAUCGUUUUCUUGCCGUAAGCAAAACUUUUUAGAUAAUGGAAUAGAUAACAUCCCGGCCUUGGCCGUAAGCAAAUACUCCCUCCAUUCCUAAAUAUUUGACGCCAUUGACUUUUUUAAAUAUGUUUGAUUGUUCGUCUUAUUCAAAAACAUUUGUGAAUAUUAUUCAAAAACUUGAGUAGUAGUAGUAUAUUUAACAAUGAAUCAAAUGAUAGGAAAAGAAUUAAUAAUUUCUUAAAUUUUUUGAAUAAGACUAACAGUCAAACAUAUUUAAAAAAGUCAAUGACGUCAAAUAUUUAGGGACGGAGGGAGCAAUUGAUCAGCGCCUUGAUCCACGAAUAAAUUGAAGCUCGCCCCUAGAUGUGUAUAUAUAUCACUUCAUUUUCUUAAGCAAAUAAUGAAGUUUAGAAGACUUAGCUAGCUGUUAGUCUUUGUUAUUUUUGCUCAUCACGAUGGUGUCAGCUCCUUCCCAUGUGGUACGUAGGUGUAUAUCAUUUCUUUUUC